AUGGGUGCAGAGCAUAGUGCUCAGAGCAAAGACAGGAGAGCAGAUUCAUCUUAUAGUGACAGGAGUGAUAUGGUAUCUCCUCAGCCUGCUUCAAAUGAACCAGAUCCACCCUACAUAUCAUACACCAACAGGCCCAUUGGAGAGUCUCCACAGCAUGGGACACCAAAGCUUCUGCAGAGAGCUAAGAGCACAGGGACUGAUGGAAGUUCGGGUGGAAGUUCAUCUGCCAAGCAGACUCAAAGACCCAAGUCCAUUGUGGUUGUCAGAGAGAGCGGAUCUUUGCCUCAAGAGCUAGAGGACAAUGAGGAACUGGCCCACUUUCGGGUUGAUGCCACCCUGCAUCAUUUGUUGAAUGGCCUGACAGAACGACAGAAGAAGUAUGCUAAAUAUGCUGAAGAGAUGUCUCGAGUGCAUGAUGUGUCUCGCACUGUGAAACGAUGUCAUGUGAUGCUCAAUGAAAGCCUUGAAUUGAUGGAGACCCUCAACAAUCUCCUUCCCAUUGAAGAUCGUCUGGAACCCUUUGUGUGGACUACUGGAUAGCAAGUGUAAAUCUUGUAGGUGUGGUUUCAUCACUUGGUUCUUCAGGUGCAAAAAAUGAAACACUGAAUUGUGAAAUACACUUCAUUCCUGACCAAGUGAAG